AUGGAGAAGAGGAAGGUGGUGCUGCUCUUGCAAGGAUUUUUCCUCUUGCAGCUGAGUCGUCCCUCACUCCAAGGAGGGGUGUACAUUCCACCUGGAGCAGGUGGUGCUGGAGCUGGAGUUGGUCCUGGGGGAGGUCUUGGAGCGGGACUUGGAGCUGGAGCCGGUCCAGGAGGCGGACUAGGAACAGGCUUACGACCUGGAGCUGGACCUGGAGCUGGUGCCGGAGGUUUUGGACCUGGUGGUGUUGGUCAAGGACCUGGUGGCGUUGGACCAGGAGGGUAUGGACCUGGUGUUGGACCUGGAGGAGCUGGUCCAGGAGGCUUCGGGCCUGGCGGUGCUGGACCAGGGGGAUAUGGAACUGGAGUAGGACCUGGCGGUGCUGGACCAGGGGGAUAUGGAACUGGAGUAGGACCUGGGGGUGUCGGACCAGGAGGUGUUGGAGCAGGGGCUGGUCCAAAGCCACCUAAAACAGGUGGUGCAUAUGGUGGCCAGGGUGUCGGUCCAGGGGGCCGAGGUACCGGCUUUGGUCCUGGUGGUCAGGGUGCUGGUCUUGGAACUGGUGGAGUUGGACCGGGUGGUGUAGGUCCAGGUGGUGUUGGACCGGGUGGUGUAGGUCCAGGUGGUGUUGGACAAGGUGGUCUCAGACCAGGAGGAGUUGGACCGGGUGGUGUUGGACCAGGAGGAGUUGGACCAGGUGGUUACGGACCAGGUGGAGGAGUUGGACCAGGUGGUUACGGACCAGGUGUAGGAGUUGGACCAGGUGGUUACGGACCAGGUGGAGGAGUUGGACCAGGUGGAGUCGGCCCAGGAGGAGUUGGCCCAGGUGGGUACGGACCAGGUGGUUACGGACCAGGUGGUUACGGACCAGGUGGUUACAGACCUGGUGGUUACGGACCUGGUAGUUACGGACCUGGUGGAUUUGGACAGGGUGGUGUUGGACCAGGUGCUGGCAGAAAGCCUGGAAAAACAGGUGGUGGAUACGGGGGCCAAGGCAUUGGUCCAGGUGGUCGUGGAACCAGUUUAGGAGCAGGUGGCUUUGGACCUGGAGUUGGCCCUGGUGGAGUUGGACCAGGUGGAGUUGGACCAGGAGGAGUUGGACCAGGAGGCCCAGGAGGUUUUGGUCCUGGAGGCUAUGGACCAGGAGCUGGCACCAAAGCUGGAAAAGCAGGUGGUCGGGGUGCUGGGCUUGGAGGACUGGGCACCGGUCUCGGACCUGGUGGAAUUGGACCAGGUGGUGUCGGCCCAGGUGGUGUUGGCCCUGGAGGUUAUGGACCUGGUGGUGUCGGACCUGGUGGAGUCGGACCAGGUGGUGUAGGCCCAGGUGGUGUCGGCCCAGGUGGAGUUGGCCCUGGAGGUUAUGGACCUGGUGGUGUCGGACCUGGUGGAGUCGGACCAGGUGGUGUAGGCCCAGGAGGUUAUGGACCUGGUGGUGCUGGCCCUGGAGGCUAUGGACCUGGUGGUGUCGGACCAGGUGGGGUUGGACCAGGAGGAGUUGGCCCAGGAGGUUAUGGACCUGGAGGUGUUGGAAGAGGUGGGAAGCCUGGGAAGCCCUCUAAGACAGGUGGAUACGGAGGCCAUGGUGUAGGACCAGGUGGAGUGGGUGCUGGUCUCGGAAGCGGAGGUCUUGGACCAGGUGGAGUCGGACCAGGUGGAGUUGGCCCUGGUGGAGUUGGACCAGGCGGAUAUGGUCCUGGUGGUGGUGUUGGGCCUGGUGGAGUUGGACCAGGCGGAUAUGGUCCUGGUGGUGGUGUUGGGCCUGGUGGAGUCGGACCUGGUGGAGUUGGACCAGGCGGAUAUGGUCCUGGUGGUGGUGUUGGGCCUGGUGGAGUCGGACCUGGUGGAGUUGGACCAGGCGGAUAUGGUCCUGGUGGUGGGGUUGGACCUGGUGGAGUUGGACCAGGCGGAUAUGGUCCUGGUGGUGGGGUUGGACCUGGUGGAGUCGGCCCAGGCGGAUAUGGUCCUGGUGGUGGGGUUGGACCUGGUGGAGUCGGCCCUGGUGGAGUUGGACCAGGCGGAUAUGGUCCUGGUGGUGGUGUUGGGCCAGGAGGAGUUGGACCAGGAGGUGUUGGACCAGGUGGACUUAGACCAGGUGCAGGAGGGAAACCUGGAAAGACUGGUUAUGGAGGCCUUGGUGGAGCAUUAGGAGCUGGGGGCCUGGGGGCUGGUCUAGGCACUGGGGGGCUAGGACCUGGUGGCCAAGGCACAGGAUACAGACCUGGAGGUGGUUAUGGGGGUUAUGGACAGAAACCACCAAAAGCAGGGCCAGGUGGAACUGGCUAUGGACCAGGUGGAGCAGGGUACGGACCUGGAGGAACUGGACUUGGACCUGGUGGUGCCGGUUAUGGACCUGGUGGUGCUGGUUAUGGGCCUGGUGGUGCUGGAGUCGGACCAGGAGGAGCGGGAGUCGGGCCAGGAGGAGCAGGUACUGGACCAGGUGGAGCUGGAGUUGGCCCUGGUGGUUCUGGAGUUGGCCCCAGUGGAGCAGGAGUUGGCCCUGGUGGAGCAGGAGUUGGCCCUGGUGGUGCAGGAGUUGGCCCUGGUGGAGCAGGAGUUGGCCCUGGUGGUGCUGGAGUUGGCCCUGGUGGUGCUGGAGUUGGCCCUGGUGGAACAGGAGUUGGCCCUGGUGGAGCUGGAGUUGGCCCUGGUGGUGCUGGAGUUGGCCCUGGUGGAGCAGGAGUUGGCCCUGGAGGCGCACCACUACUUCCUCAGACUGGUCAACCAGGUGGAACAGGCCCAGGAGGGAAAACCGCAGGGAAGGCCGCUAAGAUUCCAGGCAUCGGUUUACCUGGACUCUAUCAAGGUGGAUUAGUUCCUGGACAAGGUUUUGGUGGACGGGGUGUACUACCUGGUGUUGUCACAGGUUCUGGGGUUGGAUCUCAAUCUGGAGUUCUGGGUCAAGGGGGAGUUGGAGUUGGAACUAAUGGUGGUCGUGGAACUUACUCUGGACAACAACUACCUGGCGUGUUUCGCGGAUACCCUCUUAUUACACCCAAAACUGGAGCAGGAGGAAAAAAAGCUAAAGCUGGUAAAUAUGGGACUGGAACUGGUGCAGGUGGUAUACCUCUGGCCAGUGGCCUUCCUGGACAAGGUGUCGUAGCAGGAGUUGGCAGCGUACCUGGGUCAGGACUGGUACCUGGGGGAUCAGGAGGCAUUCCUGGCGCAGGUGGGGUACCUGGAGCAGGUGGCGUACCUGGAGCUGGGGGUUACCCAGGAGGGGGUGUCUAUCCUGGAGCUGGACCUGGAGCUGGUGGUGCUUAUCCAGGAGGAUAUGGAUCAUCUGCAAAGGCUCGUAAAUAUGGCCAGCCUGGAGGCACCGGUGGUGUGCUAGGGGCUGGUAGAGUACCUGGUGGAGUUGGUGGAGUACCUGCUGGAGCUGGUGGAGUACCUGCUGGAGCUGGUGGCUUACCUGGUGGUGCUGGAGGUUUACCUGGUGGAGCUGGUGGCUUACCUGGUGGAGCUGGUGGCUUACCUGGUGGUGCUGGAGGCUAUGCUGGUGCCAAGGCACGUAAAUAUGGACCUGGUGGUGGUUUAGCUGCUGGCCUUGGAGGAGUGCCUGGUUCAGGUGUAAGGCCAGGAGGGGGAUACGGACCUGGUGGUGGUGUGGGACCUGGUGGUGUUGGACCAGGCGGAAUUGGUCCAGGUGGUGUUGGACCUGGUGGUUACGGACCAGGUGGUUACGGACCAGGUGGAGGCAUUGGACCAGGUGGGGCUGGGCCAGGUGGUGUUGGAACAGGUGGGGCUGGUCCAGGUGGUGUCGGAACAGGUGGAGUUGGCCCAGGUGGUUACGGACCAGGUGGAGGCGUUGGACCAGGUGGUGCUGGGCCAGGUGCUGGGGGUGUACUCGGGUAUGGAGGGGUACCUGCUGGCGGACCAGGAGGAGUAGCAACCAUUGGACAAGCUGGAACCGGUCCUGGCUUAACUCAGGGAGUGGGCUCAGUGGCAGGAGGUCCAGGAGGCGGCGCUGGAGGUUUUCCAGGUGGGCUGCCAGGUGGUGGAUAUCGGGGUUAUGGGGGAUAUGGUGCAGGUGGUAAACCUCCUAAAUAUGGACAGCCAGGUGGAGCUGCAGGAGUAGGUCCAGGAGGAGUGGGAAUUGGAGCAGGAGCAGGGACUGGAGUAGGAGGCGGUCCGAGUGGACAGGGUGGAGCAACUGGUGCAACAGGUACAGCUGUGCCAGGAGGGGCCGGAGGGGCACUCGGGGGAGCAGCAGUUCCCGCUGGCAACGGAAGCGCCGCAGUCAAUGGAUCAACAGUUGGAUCAGGCACAGUGACUGUGGUCCUCGGAGGCCCUACUGGAACAGGUGGCCCUGGUGACGGUGUUGGAGGGGGUCCCGUUGGAACCAAAGCACCUAAGGAUGGUGAUGCUGGAGGAGGGAUAGAAGGAUCCGGAGGCUCACUGGGAGGAGGCCCAGGAGAUGGUGUGACUGGUGGAGCCAUUGAUGGAGAUGGUGAUGGCUUGGUUGUUGGGAUCACAGGAACUGGCAUACCAAUCCUUGCCAGCGGAAAGCCAGACAAGGGAGCACCUGUGCUCGGAGGAACGCAGAUUCCAGGUGGAACAGGAGUGCCAGAAAUCGGAGCUGGAGUUGUGCAGCCUAGUGCUGGAACUGGUGCUGGAGCGCCAUCUGGAGGUGGCAGUGGUACUGGUAUAGGCAUCGGUGUUGGUAUCGGUGUUGGUGUUGGUGUUGGUGUUGGUGUUGGUGUUGGUGCUGGUGCUGGUGUUGGUGCUGGUGGAAAAUCUCAUGAGCCCACAGAAGUUAAUGGAAGCCUGCCAGGAGCCAAGCCACUCAAGCCUCCAGGUAUUGGUGGAGGCGUGGUAGCCGGACGAGGGGAUACUCCAGCGACUCUAGAUGAAGGACCUGGUGGAGCAGGAGGAGGAGGGCCAGGGGGGGUUGGUGGAGGUCCAGGGGGAGCUGGUACAGUCCCCGGAGGAGUAGGCGGAGGUCCGGGAGGAGUUGGUGGAGGCCCAGGUGGUAUUGGUUCCAGCACAGGUCCCACUACAGGAAAACCUCCUAAAGUGUACGGGGGUACGGGUGGCACUGGACUCCUCGGUACUGGAGGAGUCGCUGGAACUGGAACUGGUGGCCCAGGUGGAGCAUCUGGAGUGACAGCAGGAACCGGUCUGGUGCCUGGAGCAGGAGGGGUCGGAACCAGAAAACCUGGCAAAUCAUAUGGAGCCGGAGGCGCUCUGGGAGUAGGAGUUCCAGGAGGACUCCAACCAGGAAGUGGCUUACGGUACCCAACUGGAGCAGGUAUGGGAAAGCCUGGAAAAGCUUAUGGAGCAGGUGGUCUGGGUGGCCCAGGCGGCUAUGGUGCACAACCAGGUGGUGGUUACGGAGCAGGACCUGGAGGCUACGGCACUGGACCUGGUGGUUACGGUGCAGGACCUGGCGGCUACGGCACUGGACCUGGUGGUUACGGUGCAGGACCUGGCGGCUACGGCACUGGACCUGGUGGUUAUGGUGCAGGACCUGGUGGUGCUGGUGCUGGACCUGGUGGUGCUGGUGCUGGCCCUGGUGGUUAUGGCACUGGCCCUGGUGGUGCUGGUACUGGACCAGGUGGUUAUGGCACUGGCCCUGGUGGUGCUGGUGCUGGACCUGGUGGUGCUGGUGCUGGACCUGGUGGAUAUGGAGCUGGAGCUGGGGGAUAUGGCCCAGGAGGAAGGAAACCACCCAAAAGCUACGGAGGUGCUGGACCAGGUGGGGUUGGCGGAGGUCCAGGCGGAUAUGGUGGAGCGCUUGGUGGAGUCGGAGGUGGCCCUGGCGGAGUUGGCACAGGUCCUGGGGGAGUUGGUGCUGGUCCAGGAGGAGUCGGCCGUGGGCCUGGCGGAGUUGGUGGUGGCCCAGGCGGAUAUGGAACAGGUCCUGGAGGCGUUGGAGGAGGUCCUGGUGGAUAUGGCACUGGACCUGGAGGAGUUGGUGGAGGACCUGGAGGAGCAGGAGUGGUUCCAGGUGGUGCAGGUGCUGGAGGUUUAGGAUAUGGGCCAGGUGGAGUUAAACCCCCUAAAAGUUAUGGUGCUGGAAGAGGAGGUGCUGGAGGUCUUGGAGGAGGCCCUGGAGGAGUGGGCGGAGGUCUGGGAGGACUUGGUGGAGGUGCAGGAGGUGUUGGCGCAGGCCUGGGAGGAGUGGGAGGAGGCCCUGGAGGAGUGGGCGGAGGUCUGGGAGGAGUAGGAGGUGGACCUGGAGGAGUUGGAGGUGGACCUGGAGGAGUUGGAGGUGGACCUGGAGGAGUUGGCGGGGGUGGUGGAGGACUCAGGUACCCAGGAUUGGGAGCAGGGGCUAGCAAGCCUGGGAAAUCAGGUGCCGAUUUUAAUUCACCCUCAGCAUUGUUGUCUGGAGAUGGGGAGAUAGAACAGGAUCAGAAAGAUAUGGAGCUGGUGCCCUUGGAGGUCAGGGCUAUCAACCAGGAGCUGGUGGACCUGGAUAUGGUGGUUAUCAGCCCUACCCAGGUUACAGAGGAGCAGGAACAGGAGGAGCUGGAGCUGGGCAAGGAGCAGGAGGACAAGCCCCUCUCACUCCUCAGCAGUCUAAAGCAGCCAAAUAUGCAGCCAAAUAUGCCGCCCUCCAAGGAUUUCUUGGAGCAGGUGGUUAUAGAGGAGGUGCCUUGCGGAGGAGGAGGAAGUGAGGGCCUCACGGAGGGAAGUGACCUCAUAAACAACGUGGUGCUACUGCAUGAUCGAGAAUGUACUUCUUACAGCUCGGCCCAAGAGAUCCCGUUCAUGUGCAAAACGUCUUUUCUGUCGUUGACCUUCUUAUCCUUUAUGUUUGUAUUGUGAGAUUUCUACAAACAAAACAGCUGUCUUGAUAUUGAACACGCCAAAUGUACACACUGACCAUUGUGGCCACCCAAGUAUUGUAAAUGUGGCCUUAUAAAAUGCUGGUUGGUUAUCACUUCAUUUGCUCUUGUUAUGUAGAGAUUUAUGCUGUUGUACUGUGCUCACAGCUAUCACUUUCCUGUUUAGUGUCUUGGGUGGACUCUGCUUAUCUGUGAAUGGCAUCAUUUAUGAGGGACAUACUAAGUAACAAUUGUAAGAUCAACUGUUAUUCUCACAUAUUCUCACAAUCAGUGACAAGACAUUUAAGUGCUAAGCAGAACCUGAAAUGUCAGUUCCUUUUUUUUCUCUUUUUCUGGGUAAGUCUUUUAACGUUUAAUUUCCAAACUUACACGUCAGGACGUAUGUCGUCAAGGGACUUGUCGCUGCUAUUCAGGGAUCCUCUGAUGCCAGAGGUUACAGCAUUGCCAGGCUGAGAAAAGUGACAAAUCUUUUGAGAUACCUCUGAGAUUCUAAUGUUCCCUAGCUACAUCUUCACCGGUGUCAUGCAAACGUAAGGGAGCGAGAUGAUUAGCUCAUGAAUCUAAGCUUUUGAAGUCUAAGCUAACAAUGAUCCUCUGUGCAUUUGUGAUGCAAGAAAAACAACAACAUUCUUUUACUCAUACUUUUGAUAUUACUACUAGUUUUUCACUCAAGCUUUCUAAAGUGAUUUCCACGUGUUUUCUUUUUGUUUAUUUUAAAUUAUGAGAUAUGAAAAUUGGAUGUGUUUUCUUAUUUUUCCUUUUUUAUGUGUGAGUGUGAGUUUGUAUCUUCAUUAAACAUUGUUGUUGUUAAACAGUUUAACACUAGGAGACUUUUCUACAUGGUGUCUCAGAGAACAGAAACUAUGUGAUCUUUGUGUUUUCAGAAUUGCAAUUCAGUUGCAUAUGUGACCCGAAUUAAGUGGUCAAUGAGUGUUGUCCAUUGUUUAAUGUUUACUCUUUUAAGUAUUCACUGGUUCGUCAACAUUAGUCCAACAGAUAUCAAUGUUUGUCUUGAAAAAGUGUUUUUCUUUGACUGUAAAUGGGAUUGAUGCACUAUUUCAUGAUGCAUAAUUACCUGUCUGCAGGUAUAGGCAUAACCCCAGGCGUGAUAACUUCUAUCAUUAAAAACAAUACAAUUUGACA